GGGACGGCAACGACGACGGCAUUCAUUCCCACGACUGACGGCGACUCGAUUAUGCUCUCCUUAUUAUUUAAGGCCUGCCGGCCGCUUGCAGCGGUGCAAGCCUCUUUUCCGUCACCCAUUAUUCUCCUCUCUCACAGCUGAACACCACCGCAAUACCGCUCUUAUGGCCAUGUCAUCGAACCGUUUCGAUCCUGACUUCACCAAGAAUGUCAUUGAAGCCAUCGGGCCCGCGUGCCCUCCUCGCUCUCGCUUCGUCUUGAGCAAGAUGAUUGAGCACAUUCACGACUUUGCUCGCGAAGUCGAGUUGACGGCCGACGAGUGGAUGGCCGGCGUCAAGUUCAUCAACACCUGCGGCCAGAUCAGCGACGCCAAGCGGAACGAGACGCACCGAAUCUCGGACAUCAUUGGCCUCGAAUCCCUCGUCGACGAAAUCGCGAACAAGCACCUCAGCGAGACCGGCGAAGCGCCCACGUCAUCCACAAUCCUCGGGCCCUUCUGGAGCCCGAACGCACCCUUCCGUGAGAACGGCAGCAGCAUCAUCGAGAGCCCGCACCAAGGGCAAGUGUCGCUGAUGCACGGCCGUGUCAUCGACCUCGACACCAAGAAGCCCAUAGCCAACGCCGUCGUCGACAUCUGGGAGGCCAGCUCCAACGGCAAAUACGACUUCCAGGACCCCGAGAACCAGGUCGACAACAACCUGCGCGGCAAGUUCCGCACCAACGACAACGGCGAGUACCACUUCUACUGCCUCAAGCCCACGGCCUACUCGCUGCCUACCGAUGGCCCGGCCGGCGUGCUGCUGCGCCUCUUCGACCGUAGCCCCUGGCGUCCGGCGCAUAUUCACCUCAUGAUCACCCAUGAGGGAUACAAGCCCGUCAUCACGCAGAUCUACCCCAAGGAGGACCCGCAUCUUGUCGACGACUCCGUCUUCGCCGUCAAGCCCGACUUGGUCGUCGACUUCAAGCCGCGCAAGGACGACCCCAAGGCCGAGCUCGACCUCGAGUACAACGUGUUCCUGGCACCAAAGGCGCACAAGGGAGAGACGUCGCAGACGACGUCGACGCAGGCGAACCUGUGAGGAGGAUACGAUGGUUGUUUAUGAAGUAAAAUACUUUUUGGGCGUUUUGUUUGCUGUGAUACCUGGGCUUAGGUGGCAGUGUGUUUAUAGCGAGCAUGGUUGAUAUCUGAAUUGAAUACACUGUUAAUAUUCGAC